GAGCUUGGUGGCUUCGCCAGUCUGGGCGUUGGUCACACAAUCACUAAGGCUUUGGGAAAUGUCCCGGUGGGACACUCAGUUUUCGUAGGGCCUCAGAAGACGUGGGGCCCACAUGGCAUGCUAGGGGGCUGGAGGUGGUGCCUGCAGACGGAGCGUUGGCAGGAAGCCAUAGCUCGGAUGCCAGACGACCCGACGGAAGCCGACCUUUCGACUGCCUUCGGCUCAUGCGAUUUUGCAGCCAUUUCCCACCUUCGGCGAAGCGCCGCGCAAACCAAGGCGCUGCGUGAUAUCGACAUCAAACCUCAUCCCCCACGCCUUUCACCCUCGAAGAAGUACGUACUGCCCUUCAAGGAGCCAAAACAGGGACAGCUGCAGGCUCGAUUUGCUUGCUUCCCAAGGUCUCACAACCUGGAGGAAUCUUGGCCAGCCUUCCAGGCCGGCCAGUUUGCCUGUAGGGGCCCGGAGGAUUUGCAGUUCAAGAUCCAACAGGUCGCCGACGUACUUUCCACUUUAGGACCUGGUAUCUGGCUCCGCGGGAGCUGUGUGCCCCUCAAAACGGAACGGUGCGCUAACACGUACUUUGCCAUGCGAGGCAUUUUUAAUGCCCGCCGUCUCCCCGCGGCCCGCAAGAUUGACCCCUGGAGCAAACGCUGGGCGACUCAAGUCUGGCGCUACUGGGGCCAUGUUAUACGAAACCAGCUGGAUACCCCGCUACGUUUCCUCACCUGGCGAUAUUCCACCUUUACUCUCAUGUCGGGGGAUUCUUUACCAGGCUGGGUCGUGAACACGCCGCUGAGGAAAUUCCAGCUAUGCUAUGGUGCGAUACGCUCAGCUUCGCACCCGGCCAUAUGGGAAACUGCUGCACAGGAACGGACCACUUGGCAGCAGUUGUACCCGCUGUGGAGACGCCACUGGACGAGAGACCGACUUAACACAGACUUGUUGGGUCGCCAAUUAGUCAUCGUCAACCUCGAGGAGGCCGCCCUGAGACCUUUCCACUUCUUCCCUGACGAGGACUACAUUAACUCCACCUGUCACGUGCACUCCGUCACCAACAUGCCUCCGGGGGCCCUCUUGUGGGCACUUUGGGACGAAGUUGGGGUCAGUGUUGCAGUGAUCCCCCCCUCCCGAGAAGAAGCGCAGGCACUUUUCCUACAGAAAAGACACCACCCCACACAGACUUCUGACAACGCCAAGGCCUUGACCUGUGGCUCCUUGUUGGCUACCUUCAUGAUACGAGUCAGCAUGAACCUACGCCUACGUUAUAACACCUUCGAUCGACAAGACCAGCAGCAUGACCUCCUCCGACGUUGGUACGAGAUGGCAGCUUUACAAACUGCAAUUUCUCUGUCAGGACUGUGGUCUAGGAUGUCAUCCCUGCUUGCUGCACGAAUGCGUCUUUACAUACGUGCCAUGCGGGUCUCAUGGGCAUGGUUCUUUGCUACCCUCUUCGAGCUUGAGGAGUAUGCGAGUGACCUCGAUCGAGUCCUUCGGGAUUUCGACACCCUUGAUCCCGAUGACCCCCCUCUCACACAAGACGAUGUGUCCUACAUGCACUUCUUGUUGGCAGAGUGGGAAGUAUCCUUUGACCAUAGCUGUGAGAAUGUGGUUUGGUUCUUCUUUAAUGCCCAUCUUCCCUGUUGGCGAAUUGUGGGUAUGGUUCACCUCCCGCACCUACACCCCUUUUUCGCCCUCCAGUGGGAUGAGCUCCACCAAUAUCUGGAAGAACUGCCGGCCUUGGACCAGUGCCUUGCAGCCAGGGAAAUCCAACACCAGUUGAGAACCUGCCGAAACACGUGGCCAGAGUACUGGUUUCUGCCAGCGCUGGCGCGCUACAUCGACAGCCAUUUGGAUGUCUUGUAUGAGGUUCCUCUCUGGCCCUACCAAGAGCCUGCAGAGAGCUUCUGGGACCGAUGCUUUGACAUGGUGGGAGACCGACUCAAACAAGAGGUUUCAGAGCUCGUCUCCCGCUUCGAGAUGACCUGCGAAUUCAUUGCAUGGAAUGAGCUAGGAGUGCACUUGACUCC